AUGGACCUAGAGGAAAAAACAUUUAAAACUUCAGAGUUCCAGCAACUGGGAGAGAAGAAGAUGAAGAAAAUCGACAUAGUCAUUUCCAGUAAGACUGACUCCACGCUGCCACCAUCUAGACAGCAGGAGUAUUUUAUUGAUCAGCUGAGGUCAGAUGGAGUCGUUCAUCUUCCUCGGCGUGUUACCAAUGAAAUUACAAAUAAUACUCGAUAUGAAUUUUACACACAAGGAGGAGUCAUCUUUGCAACAAGUCGAAUCCUUGUGGUGGAUUUCCUUACUGACAGAAUUCCUGCAAACCUCAUUACUGGCAUUUUGGUAUACAAAGCACACAGAAUCAUUGAGUCCUGCCAGGAAGCAUUUAUCUUGCGACUUUAUCGCCAGAAGAACAAGCAAGGCUUCAUUAAAGCUUUUACAGAUAACGCAGUUGUUUAUCUGUGGCCAAGAUUUCAUAUAGCAGUGAACUCAUUUUUAGAGAAGCAUAAACCUGAAGUGGUGGAAAUACAUGUGUCAAUGACCCCUGCUAUGCUUGCAAUCCAGACUUCAAUCCUGGACAUUUUGAAUGCAUGUCUGAGAGAACUCAAACGUUAUAAUCCAGCUCUUGAAGUAGAAGAUCUUUCUUUAGAAAACGCUAUUGGUAAACCUUUUGACAAGACAAUACGUCACUAUUUAGAUCCUCUCUGGCAUCAACUUGGAGCUAAGACAAAAUCUUUGGUCCAGGAUUUGAAGAUACUACGUACUUUGCUGCUGUAUCUAACUCAGUAUGAUUGUGUCACUUUCCUUAAUCUUCUGGAGUCACUGAAAGCCAGUGAAAAAGCUUUUGGUGAGAAUUCAGGUUGGCUGUUUCUUGACUCCAGUACUUCAAUGUUUGUAAAUGCUCGAGCUAGAGUUUAUCGCAUUGCAGAUGAGAAACUGAAUCAGAAAGGCAAAGUCUCUGAAAAAAGGGAUGUAAAGAAGGAAAAUGAAUUGAAAAGGGAAUUGGUUCUAGAAAGUAACCCAAAAUGGGAAGCUUUGAGAGAAGUACUGAAAGAGAUUGAAAAUGAGAAUAACAACAGUGAAGACCUUGGUGGUCCAGGGCAAGUGCUUAUUUGUGCCAGUGAUGACCGAGCUUGUGCACAGCUCAGGGAGUAUAUUAUUGCUGGAGCGGAAGCUUUUUUAACAAGGCUGUAUAACAAAACCUUUGGAAAGGAUGAGAGAGCUGGAGAAGUGUGGAUUAAGGACAAAAAAGCCGUCAAGUCCAAAGGAAAUGCCAGACCAGACACAGGGCCUCAAGCCAAAAAAGCCAAACUCACAGCUUCUUCAAAACAAAAUAAACACAAGAAGCAGCAAGACCAGACUAUAAUCCAGAUGAUAGGCAAAACUGAGGAGGAAAAGCAAGAGGAGUUACAGGUGGAAGAUAAUAAAGAAUUAAGCAGUAGCCAAGAAAGCGGUAUCGAAGAGACCAUUCCCGAAGAUUUCCAUGUGAACUUACCCUCAGAUUGUUACUACGGUAUUUUCAAGAACCCACUCACAAUUAUUCACCCGUUGCAGGGUUGCAACGAUCCCUAUGCACUCACUCGGGUACUGCAUGAAGUAGAACCAAGAUAUGUUGUAUUAUAUGAUGCAGAACUAACUUUUGUUCGGCAGCUGGAAAUCUACAAGGCAAGCAGGCCUGGGAAGCCUUUGAGGGUUUAUUUCCUCAUCUAUGGGGGCUCAACAGAAGAACAGCGCUAUCUCACAGCUCUCAGAAAAGAGAAGGAGGCGUUCGAAAAACUCAUUCGAGAGAAGGCCAGCAUGGUAAUUCCUGAAGAAAGAGAAGGAAGAGAUGAAACAAACUUAGACCUAAUAAGAGAUGCUAAACCUGCCUCUGUUUCUACUGACACCCGCAAAGCAGGUGGACAGGAACAGAAGAGUGUUCAGCAAACUGUAAUAGUGGAUAUGCGGGAAUUUCGUAGUGAGCUUCCAUCACUGAUUCAUCGUCGUGGCAUUGACAUUGAGCCUGUUACUUUGGAAGUUGGAGAUUAUAUUUUAACUCCUGAUAUCUGUGUAGAGCGGAAAAGUAUCAGUGAUCUGAUUGGUUCCUUAAAUAAUGGAAGGCUGUAUACACAAUGCACUUCUAUGUCCCGUUACUAUAAGCGACCGAUUCUCCUGAUUGAAUUUGAUCCUAACAAAUCUUUCUCCCUGAUUCCACGAGGCUCUCUACAUCAGGAAAUUUCCAGUAAUGAUGUUACUUCUAAACUAACUCUUCUUACACUCCAUUUCCCAAAGUUACGAAUCCUGUGGUGUCCCUCUCCUCAUGCUACUGCUGAACUGUUUGAAGAGUUAAAACAAAACCAUCCCCAACCUGACGCAGAAACAGCAAUGGCCGUCACAGCAGAUUCUGAAAUUCUUCCUGAGUCAGACAAAUAUAACCCCGGUCCACAGGACUUUCUAUUAAAAAUGCCAGGUAUUAAUGCAAAAAACUGCCGUGCCUUAAUGAACCAUGUUAAAAGCAUUGCGGAGCUAGUGACACUGUCGAAGGACAAACUCACCAAAAUUUUGGGUAAUGCUGCCAAUGCCACACAACUCUUUGACUUUAUUCACCUGACCUAUGGAGAGGCAAUAUCUAAAGGAAAAAGCAAAAGAUGA